AUGGACUCGAGCCAGACUGCCUGGCUUCAAACUCUGCCACUUGGCUGUGUGCCUGUGGACAAAUCAUGCCUGCUGGAGGGUCUGCGCCUCAUCUCUCCAAGGAUGGGGACCUUCUGCUUCCCCCUGGGGCUCCUGUUUGGCUCUGUGCUGCUGGUGGCCUCGGCCCCGGCCCCUCUCGAGCCUCAUAGCUGCAGUGACAAGGAGCAACAGCUGACCGUCAGCCACACCUACAAGAUUGAUGUGCCCAAGUCUGCCCUGGUCCAGGUGGAGGCUGACCCUCAGCCCCUCAGUGAUGAAGGGGCCUCGCUCCUGGCCCUGGGAGAGGCCGAGGAACAGAAUAUCAUCUUCAGACACAACAUCCGCCUGCAGACACCACAGAAGGACUGCGAGCUGGCAGGCCUUGUCCAGGACCUCCUGGCCCGGGUGCAGAAGCUGGAGGGCGAGAUGGCGGAGGUGAAGGAGCGGUGUGACGUCCAGCGUUGCUGCCAGGGAGCUGCCGGUCAGGGCCGCCAGUGCAGCGGCCACGGGACCUUCUCCCAGGAGACGUGCGGCUGCCGCUGCGAGCAGGGCUGGGAGGGUGCCGCCUGCGAGGUGCCCGCCUGCCCCGGCGCCUGCAGCGGCCACGGGCGCUGCGAGGACGGCCGCUCUGUCGCCCCCCAGGGCCUGCAGCUGCUCAAGAGCACGGAGGAGUCCCUGCUGGUGAGCUGGGAGCCCUCCAGCGAGGUGGACCACUACCUCCUCAGCUACCACCCCCUGGGCAGGGAGCACUCCCGGAAGCAGAUUCAGGUGCCCAAGGAGCAAAACAGCUACGACAUCCUUGGUUUGCUGCCUGGGACCAAGUACAUAGUCACCCUGCACAACGUGAAGAAAGGGGUCCCCAGCAGCCCCCAGCACCUGCUGGCCACCACAGUACUCAGACCCAGCACUGGCUGCUUGUUUCCAGGUCUGCAGCCCGGGAUGGACUAUAAGAUCACAAUUGUCCCCAUGCGAGGAGACCUGGAGGGCAGGCCAAUCUUCCUGAAUGGCAGGACAGAAAUUGAUGGCCCAACCAAUGUGGCCACUGAUCGAGUGACUGAAGACACGGCGGUGGUGUCCUGGGACCCCGUCCAGGCUGUCAUCGACAAGUACAUGGUGCGCUACACCUCCGCCGACGGGCAGUCCUGGGACACAGCGGUGUCCAGGGAGCAGAGCAGCACAGUCCUCACGGGCCUGACGCCGGGGGAGGUGUACAGAGUCCACGUGUGGGCCGAGCGGGGCGGCCAGGAGAGCAAGAAGGCCAACACCACGGCCCUGACAGAAAUUGACAGCCCCCAAAACCUGGUGACCGACCGGGUGACAGAGACCACGGCCACCAUCUCCUGGGAGCCGGUGCAGGCCGUCAUCGACAGGUACAUGGUGCGCUACACCUCCGCCGAUGGAGACACCAGGGAGGUCCCGGUGGGGAAGGAGCAGAGCAGCACCGUCCUGACGGGCCUGAGGCCGGGCGUGGAGUACACCGUCCAUGUGUGGGCCCAGAAGGGGGACCGAGAGAGCCAGAAGGUCGACACCAAGGCCCCGACAGAAAUUGACAGCCCAACAAACCUGGUGACCGACCGGGUGACGGAGACCACGGCCACCAUCUCCUGGGAGCCGGUGCAGGCCGUCAUCGACGGGUACAUGGUGCGCUACACCUCCGCCGAUGGAGACACCAGGGAGGUCCCGGUGGGGAAGGAGCAGAGCAGCACCGUCCUGACGGGCCUGAGGCCAGGCAUGGAGUACACGGUCCACGUGUGGGCCCAGAAGGGGGACCGGGAGAGCAGGAAGGCCGACACCAAGGCCCCGACAGACAUUGACAGCCCCCAAAACCUGGUGACCGACCGGGUGACGGAGACCACGGCCACCAUCUCCUGGGAGCCGGUGCAGGCCGUCAUCGACAGGUACAUGGUGCGCUACACCUCCGCCGAUGGAGACACCAGGGAGGUCCCGGUGGGGAAGGAGCAGAGCAGCACCGUCCUGACAGGCCUGAGGCCAGGUGUGGAGUACACGGUCCACGUGUGGGCCCAGAAGGGGAACCGGGAGAGCAAGAAGGCUGACACCAGGGCCCCGACAGACAUUGACAGCCCCCAAAACCUGGUGACUAUCCGGGUGACGGAGACCACGGCCACCAUCUCCUGGGAGCCAGUGCAGGCCGUCAUCGACAGGUACAUGGUGCGCUACACCUCCGCCGAUGGAGACACCAGGGAGGUCCCGGUGGGGAAGGAGCAGAGCAGCACCGUCCUGACAGGCCUGAGGCCGGGCAUGGAGUACACGGUCCACGUGUGGGCCCAGAAGGGGAACCGGGAGAGCCAGAAGGCCGACACCAAGGCCUCGACAGAAAUUGACAGCCCCCAAAACCUGGUGACCGACCGGGUGACGGAGACCACGGCCACCAUCUCCUGGGAGCCGGUGCAGGCCGUCAUCGAUAGGUACACGGUGCGCUACACCUCCGCCGAUGGAGACACCAGGGAGGUUCCGGUGGGGAAGGAGCAGAGCAGCACCGUCCUGACGGGCCUGAGGCCGGGAGUGGAGUACACGGUCCACGUGUGGGCCCAGAAGGGGGACCGGGAGAGCCAGAAGGCCGACACCAAGGCCCUGACAGACAUCGACCCUCCCAGAAACUUUCGUCCGUCUGCUGUUACCCAGUCUGGGGGGGUACUGACCUGGACACGCCCCUCGGCUCAGAUCAAUGGCUACAUUCUGACCUACCAGUUCCCAGAUGGCACCACUAAGGAGGUGCAGCUCGGACGCGGGGACCAGAGGUUUGAGCUGCAAGGCCUUGAGCAGGGCGUCACCUACCCUGUCUCCUUGGUGGCAUUCAAGGGUGAUCGCCGAAGCAGGAGUGUGUCCAUCGCCCUUUCCACAGUUGGUGCCCGUUUCCCACACCCUUCGGACUGCAGUCAAGUCCAGCAGAACAGCAACGUCGCCAGCGGCCUGUACACCAUCUACCUGCACGGGGACGCCAGCCAGCCCCUGCAAGUGUACUGCGACAUGGACACGGACGGCGGCGGCUGGAUCGUCUUCCAGCGGCGGAACACCGGGCAGCUGGACUUCUUCAAGCGCUGGCGGACCUACGUGGAGGGCUUCGGGGACCCCACCAAGGAGUUCUGGUUCGGACUUGACAAGCUGCACAACCUCACCACUGGCACCCCCACCCGGUACGAGGUGAGAGUGGACUUGCAGACCGCCAACGAGUCCGCCUAUGCUGUGUACGACUUCUUCCAGGUGGCCUCCAGCAAGGAGCGGUACAGGCUCACGGUGGGGAAGUACAGAGGCACGGCAGGGGAUGCUCUUUCUUACCACAACGGGUGGAAGUUUACAACUUUUGACAGAGACAACGACAUCGCCCUCAGCAACUGUGCCCUGACGCACCAUGGCGGCUGGUGGUACAAGAACUGCCACCUGGCCAACCCCAACGGCAGAUACGGGGAGACCAAGCACAGUGAGGGGGUGAACUGGGAGCCGUGGAAAGGACACGAAUUCUCCAUUCCUUAUGUGGAGCUGAAGAUCCGCCCUCAGGGCUACAGCGGGGAGCUCGUCCUGGGCAGGAAGAAGAGGACACUAGGAGAAAAUUCUAGAACGUUCUGAUGACCCAUCUGAGCAAUCAUCGCAUGAG